AUGCUCCAAGGCUGGUUCAACGCGGAUCGCCUCGUUUCGUUCGCGCACGUCCAGGGACCGCUCAGAUUCGAGCCCAUCAUGAGGGCCGACGUGGUCAAGACGCUGCGGGACGCGGCGGCAGCGUCCGGCGAGGAAUCAAACAUCUCCUACAUGCUGGCACGGCCGAACACCACCCUCACGGUACGGGAGCGACUCGGGUUGGGCGAUGCCUCGAACCCAAGCACAAGUCUCAAGAUCACCGUCGAAACCAUUCCGAAGGACUUGAAAAAGGCAUUUCGACAAUACGAAGGCAAACCGGCGAUCCUGGUCUUCGACGUGCAUGAGGAGUGGGACGCCGCAUUCUGCGCCGCCAUGAUCGAUCUGUCGUGCCUCUGCGAACGGUGGGCUUCGGCCCGACAGCACCGGCUGCACGUCGUCUGGCUUUCGUCGGCGCCCUGGGAUCCCUUAUUUAGCAGGAUCAUGUCGAUACACGGAGAUAGGGGCGGGGUGUCGACGAUGAGGAUGCGCCUGCCGGCAGCCCGCGAGAGCGUCGACAGGCUCCGGUGGGCAGUGUACGGCAGCCCGUUUUCAGAAGAAGGCCAGCUGACGAAGCUUGCGCGCCGCAUCGUCGAGGACCAUGCCGCGCUCCCUGCCGACGACGCCGACCGGCACACCACCGUCUUGGUCGUUGGCCCCCACGCUGAGAAGCUGAGAUCGGCCAUCAGGCUUGCUUCCAACGACACGGUGGAGACAGAGAACAUCACGGUCGCAGUCAUCCCCCGUCACCUAGCCCAUGUCAUGUCUCAGGACAAGACCUUCCCGCCGGUGCGUCACCUGGUGCUUGGAGACACUCACUUGGAUGACACUUGGAGCCCUUGCUUCAGCCAGGUCGUCGUCUCCGUUAUCAAAGUCCCGUCGAUGGCCGCCAUCAGGGACCAGGUGGCGAUGGCCUACGCCGAUGGCGUGGACCCCGCGCAGGUGACAGUGCACGCCCCCGUCUCGCGAGACAAGCUGCAUCAGGCGGAGCAUGCCCGCAAGUUCGAAGAUAUCCACAUGGCCUCCAUCAUCGCCCUGGCUUUCUCCAAGCUGCCGCAUACCAACCUCGACAGGCUGAAGCGCAUCUUGUCCACCGACAACCACCGCUGGGAGACGGCAGUCCACCGGCUCCAGCUGGCUGGCUUCGUCCAGCCGUCCGAUUUCCACCCGGGAGGCUUCGCGGUGGCGCCCGUCGAAAGAGCCGCUCGGACGGCAAUGUGGUUGCCUCACGUCGAUUACGACUUCUCGAUCGCGCACUUCCUCGCGGCCAACACCGGACAGACGUCCACGGAGGCAUUCGACGCCAUCCUCGACAUCGGGGCCAUUCUGGUCGCCGCCAACAGACGCGGACAGGUGCUGGUCGAAUAUGACAGGAAACGGCACCCCGUCAAGAUGAGAAUGGGCAUCAAGCCGGCGGCAAUCGCCAAGGAUAUCGACAACGAAUGCUACGGCAUCCCGCCGGGCGUCUCCGCCACGGGUUCGCUGUGGAUUACGCUGGGUCUCUACCGCCGUACGAAGCUCGAGUAUGACAGAGGCACCAUCGUGCCCGGCUCGCACUCUUGGACCCCCGCGACCAAAUGGGUCACCAUCGACCUCGCCGUGGCGAGCGAUGCACUUGCAACCCGCAUGGGGUUCAAGGAAAUCUGCGUGGACACAGCUACCGCGUCCCUUUCUGAUAGAAGAGGAACCCGCGAGAUGACGCAGGGAGACGUCGACUUUGUGCGAACCACGAUGCUCGAGUGCUGGAUCCACCGCCUCAUCUACGCCGACUACAAGGAAACCUUUUCCGAUGGGUUGCCGCACAUGUUCGCCCCCUGGACGUGUGGCGUCUACGUGCACACCUUGUCCCUGGCGACGGGCUUUUUUGCCGGCGAGUCGUACUCCGCCGAGCCGAGCGGCGAAGCCUUCAUCAUCGGGACUUCUUCAGCUGGCUUUCAGCGGGGUACUGCCCUGACCAAUCCCACGUGGAUCCCGGCCUGGAUUGUGAAGACGUGGAUGGCAGAUCGCGGGCUGCAGCUGGAGCACCUCCGGCCUCCUCAGUGUUAUGUGUGA